GAGUGUUAACGUGCGCUAUAUCUCUUGUCUCUAUUUCUCGUUCGCAACGAUUUCGUGCGUCGCAUCAAUUUCCUCUUCUCCAUUGGAUCAUCUGUUAGAGAGAAGAGACGUCUGUUGUGCAAACGUAUUGUGUGAGAAUUUUUGUAAAUAUAAAUUAAAGGAGCGAAAAAGAGAGAUGAAAAUGAAGACAAAGGAAUCGCGAAUUAAUUUAGCAAAACGUGUAAUUAGUCGAACAUAUAUUUGGAAUGUUGUUUUUUAUUUCAUUAAUAACUCAUUCAUUCAAUCGAACCAAAUUUCGCAAGGAAUUAUGAAACAACAAGAGACUUACACAUUGUUCGCAUUAUUGUGUUGUAUCUGAAAAUUUUGAACAUUUAAGAAAAUGAUAUAAACAACAAGAAGAGGAACAUAAACGCAAAAAGAUUCACAAUAAAUUGAAGGUUGACAGGAAGAGGGGGCGAUCGCGCUCACCAGGGCCCGCGGUGGCGAAGGAGGGCUACGGGAACGAUGGCAGUGGACCGCGAGGGACAGCAUCAUCACGCCUGCACGAAGCAGGAUUGGCCGGGCCCCGAGUGUGGGGGCGACCUGGGCCGGCGUGCUUCGGAAAAUAUAAGCCUGUGUGAGUGGCGGCUGAUUAGCCAGAGGCUCAGGACGGAGAGUAGUGGCAAGAGUGUCCCGAGACAGAGAGAAGAGAGGACGGGUGUUCUCUCGUAUCGGGGAAGACACGGCGUCGUCUGUUCGGUUCAUCCAGUCUUCCAAGGUCUUCUGCCUCGUAUAAUAAUCGGCCGGCGCGUCGCACCGAGUUAACGCCGCUUAAAACUAAUCAAAAUUAAUCAUAACCCGGGCAACAAUUGAUCGCAAUUGCCGCGUGCGCGCGCUCCAUUACGAGCAAUCGGCUGCAACAUUGCUUCCUCUUUUUUUUCUUCCAUCAGCAGGAAGUGGAAAGAAAUCUCGAAGCAUCCUCGCAAUGAUGAAUGCGAUCGAUACCAAAGUGUGAACCGAUCUCUCAUCCGACUCAUCUGUCCUCAGAUUUCAAUUUAAUCGGUAGACAUCCUCGGAAACGUAAAUUGAUGGAAGAUGCUUCACGGAAGAUAAUACCAAGUGCAGAUUUGUGAUAUUCGCUACAUUUAAUUCGAUUAAAAUUCGGAAAUUGGAAAUUAAGACACACACAACGUGAUUAAUUAAUACUCAUAGUGACUAAUUAAUAAAGAUUUCUUAAUAUAAAAGAAGUACAAAUCAAACGCAAAAUGCAAAUGAAAAUGAAAAUUAUAGUACAUUAAAAAAAUAAUAAUUCAAUAUUAUAAAAAUUAUUUCGUAAGUUCUAGUAUUCUAAACAAAUAGAGAGAGAGAGAGAGAGAGAGAGAAAGUGAAAAUGCAAAAGAGAGAGAAUUGAAUUUUACAUUUUGACGAAGCACAAACUAUUGCGAAAUUUUUCAAAACCUUUCCGUAAAAAGUUAAGAGAUUUUUCAAGAUGGAUGGUGCUCCCUCCUGGGAUGAUCCGCUUUUCUCGGAUUUUGGAGCACGCAGCGGAACUUCUGGAACUCACAGUAUCCAAGUAAUGCUGAGUUUGCACGGUAACGGCGGCCAUCAUGGAAGCGGCGACUUGUUGCCGACCGGCGGCGGUCAACUUCACAAGCUGGAUUCGUCAAACAGCCCGUCACCGCAUCAUCAGGCGUCGCAGCAUCAACAUCAUCUGCAGCAGCAGCAGAAGGAGCUUAAAGAGCUCGAGUUGUCCGGCAUGUACGCGCCCUUACCGCCCCAAACACAAGACGUUACCACUUCAACGUCUACCAGCGUCACACCGACUUCGACGAGUCUACAACAGGGUCUGCAACUUGGAAACGCGCUCAAGAGGAAACCGGAUGAUCCGAUCAAUGCGCUCACCCCAGUUAGCAGCGAAGCGCAGCCAACUAAAAAAGAUUCGAAAAAGAAGACUGAUAACAAUAACAUCAAGAAGAAAAAAACGAGAACAACUUUCACGGCUUAUCAAUUGGAGGAACUGGAGAGAGCGUUCGAGCGGGCUCCUUAUCCGGAUGUCUUCGCACGCGAUGAACUCGCGUUGAAGCUCGCGCUCUCCGAAACCCGCGUUCAGGUGUGGUUCCAAAAUCGUCGGGCAAAGUGGCGGAAGAAGGAACCGCCUCGCAAGACUCCCUACAUGGCCGCGGGUUCCGCCAGCCCCGGACUAUCAGGCUCCUUCACGUCGCUCAACAACAGCCUGAAUCCGUUCGCGUCACCGACGACGGCGGCGGCGCCGCCGGACGCGUGGGCCUAUUCCCCGGCGGCGUACGACUUGGGGCCUCACCUCAACCUACUCAGCCCGUCCAACUCGUCUUACUCGACCGCGGCAGCGGCGGCGGCGGCUGCGAGCUUCGGCAACAACGGCAACAUCUCGUACUCGUCGUACACGAGCAUGCUGCCGACGCAACACGAAGCCUCGCUGUUCUCCGCGCCGACCGGGGCUGGCAACACCAUGCGCGUCCACCAGGACUACAUGAACCCCGGUGGCGGCAGCCCGCCCCCUCCCCCCGGUGGUCCCCUUUCCCGCGCCGAUUAUCAGACCAUGGUGACAGCGACGCACUCACCGCCUACCCACCUGGGAGGAUCCAUGUCCGAGGACGAGCACGGCGGCUGCCUCGCGGAUAAGUACGGCCACGAGCAGACGACGGCCGAUUACGGCCAGCAGCAGCAACAGCCGCCACAACCCGAUCAGAAGCAGGACUAUGGCAUGCACUCGCCGCAGACCCGCCAGGCUAUGAAGGAUGGCCAGGUGAUGGUCAAGAGCGAGCCCGGUAGUCAGCAGAAUUACGUGCAGCUGCCUCCUUUUCUGAACUGACUCGCGGCCUCCUCCGCUCUAGAUCCCUUCUAGACGGCUUUCGCGACCUACACUCCGUGUUUCGCAACCAGCGCGGGGAGUAUUAGAUCCUGGAGACGGUCUUGGAUAACUACAAGCGUGAUUAAUCGUAUUAUUGUCAUGUUAAUUGAUAUGGUUAAUCAUAUUGUUGUAUAUUGCUAUUGUCAAUAAUUGUUGAUAACAUGGCGGCAAUCUUACAGA